AAAUGUCACCAAAACUGUCGAAACCGUUAUCACCGGGAGAUGUGAUAACCGAAGACUUGCCUAUCAUUCAUAUCAUACACAAUGAAUAUAAAGACAAAUAUUGCGAUAAUUGUAUACAAAGAUCGGAUCAAUUGAAAUACUGCGCGAAAUGUUUGCGUUUUUAUUACUGCAGUAAAGAGUGUCAGAAGAAUGACUGGAAGUAUCACAAGAAUGAGUGUCCACUCUAUAGACACGAAUGCAUUCAAACCCUUUUGAGUGAUAACGACAUACGGUUUUGGCUCCGACUCUACCUUUCGGUGCAAAAGAUACCAAACUUUGCCACAAAAAAGCACCGAUUGUUUGACGGAUCGGAUGUCAGUCUCAGAGACAUCGAAGUGAAAGACAUUAUUGUGAACGAAAAGGAGAGAAGAGAUCAAUUGGAGGACAUUUAUGGUAUAUUCAGAAGAUUGGGUGUCGAUUACGAUCCUCGAGAAGUUGUCCAUUGGUUUGCAUUUAUGGCAACUGUUCCGCAAUUUCAGCUCAAAUCUAAUCUAAGGGUCGGUAUUAUUGGUCGCGGACUAUAUAUACAGUACAUAGUCCUCGGCCACAGCUGUCAGCCCAACAGUGCCUUCAUAUUCAACUGCAGAGGACUGUCGAAAGAAUUGCGAGCAAUGAGACCAAUAGAGGCGGACGAAGAGAUUACCGUCGCUUUGGUGCCAUUGUUUCAAAAGCGUGCGGACAGACGACAGGCCCUCAAAGCCUAUUCAAUAGUGUGUGAGUGCGACAAAUGUGUCCACCAUUUGGACCGUCGAGUCGAUUACACACGUCUAACGCCGACAACA